CUGAAAGUAAACAACAGCUAGCAAACAACAGCUACAAGGCGACAUUACAAAAUUAAAAAGUGAGUUCAGGAAAAAUACACAGUUGGAGUUCUGCAUUUCACUCACGUAAAGAACAAAUAAACUAAUCGCUGUAUGAUGAAUCAGCUUCGUAAGGCGACAUUCUCCGCUGCAAACAAUGUUAGCUGCGCAACGAGCUGUGGCUAAGCUAACCAAAGUAGCCUGAAGCUAGUUUCUCCCCCUCCCACCUGACGCGUCAAUGAAUGGCGAUGACGGGCAAAGGCAUUACUUGUUUGGACGCAGAAUGGUGGAUUUUAUCGAAAAACGUCGCCCUGCGUUAACAUCUGCAUUUUUCUCAGACCCCCCCUCGGUGUGAGUAACUCGACGAGAAAGUGCGGCACCAUUAAGAGAUGAUGUGUGACAUCGGUACACAGGCUGAGCUAGGUUAGCCUAGCAGCAGUUUGGCUAACCAUGCUAACCUGGCUUGUGUGUGUUUAUGUUGACAAGAAGAGUCACAUUGUUGAGAAUCCUCUAGAAGGAAGGCAUAAUGGCGAUUUGGAUUGACCCUGGCCUGCGUGCCGAGUAGGAGAGGCGACACGGAGCCACAAAUCCACGCUGGAGCAACGUUAAAUCCACCAUUGUCUCACCCCCCAGCACCAUCCUCACGUCAUUGACGUAGUUUGCACGAAGGAAGGUGAUAGUAGACAUGGAGGAAGUUCCACAUAACGAGAAACAUUCGGCCUUAUAAACAUGAAACCCGGGGACGUAAAAUAUACGACUUAUUAUAUAUGAUCAACAUGUCUGCUGUUGGCGAAUUUGUGCCUCCUCCCGAAUGUCCGGUUUUUGAGCCAAGUUGGGAGGAUUUCUCGGACCCCCUUGGAUUUAUCAACAAGAUCCGACCCAUCGCAGAGAAAACUGGCAUCUGCAAGAUUAGACCACCAGAGGACUGGCAGCCUCCGUUUACUUGCGACGUGCGUCACUUCCGGUUCACGCCUCGAGUGCAAAGAUUGAAUGAGCUUGAGGCACUCACUCGAGUGAAGCUCAAUUUUCUGGAUCAAAUCGCAAAGUUCUGGGAGCUGCAGGGGUCCAAGAUUCGUUUUCCGCACGUGGAGAGGAAGGUUCUGGACCUUUAUCAACUCAGCAAGGUUGUGUCAUCUGAAGGAGGCUUUGAGACAGUGUGUAAAGAGAAGAGGUGGUCCAAAGUGAGCAGCCGAAUGGGCUUCCCAGCUGGUAAAGGGACUGGUUCAUUGCUGCGCUCCCACUACGAGAGGAUACUUUACCCCUAUGAGCUCUUCCAGUCGGGAGCCAGUCUGACUGGAAUCCAGCGUCUUUAUGAUGAGGGAGACGACGGCGAGGAAGUAGAUGAGGGAGUGGGCGAGGAGGCGAUCGAGGAGGACGAUCAAGAGGAAGAAGAGGACAAAGAUGGGGAGGUUGAUGGCACCCAGACCAAAGAGCGUCUUUUGCCUGAGAGGCGCUCAAGGCGCCUUAAAUCAGAGAGGGAAAACAAGGAGCCAAAAGGCCUCAAACUAUUUGGCACAAGCCCCAAGAUGGUGGAUUUGGAGAUUGUGUCAGCAGACGACGGCUACAGCAAGAAGCAUCGUCACCUUAAAGCUCAAGCCUUUGCCAUCAAAAUGAGACCACGCAAGGAGACGCUGGAGGUCAACUUUAUUGACCUCUACUUCUGCCUGAUGUGUGGACGGGGAGACGAGGAGGAACGCCUUCUGCUGUGCGACGGCUGCGACGACAGCUACCACACCUUCUGCCUGAUCCCGCCUUUGCAGGAUGUGCCCAAGGGUGACUGGCGCUGCCCCAAGUGUGUCGCAGAGGAGUGCAGUAAGCCAAGAGAGGCGUUUGGCUUCGAGCAAGCCGUGAGGGAAUACUCCCUCCAGAGCUUCGGAGAGAUGGCCGACCAGUUCAAAUCAGACUAUUUCAACAUGCCAGUUCAUAUGGUCCCAACUGAGCUGGUAGAGAAAGAGUUUUGGCGCCUGGUGAGCAGCAUUGAGGAGGACGUGAUCGUGGAGUAUGGAGCUGACAUCAGCUCCAAGGACGUGGGCAGCGGUUUCCCGGUCAGGGACGGCAAGAGGAGGCUGCUGGGGGAUGAAGAGGAGUAUGCCAACUCCGGGUGGAAUCUAAACAACAUGCCUGUGCUGGAGCAGUCCGUCCUCACUCACAUCAAUGUGGACAUCUCAGGAAUGAAGGUGCCCUGGCUCUACGUGGGCAUGUGUUUCUCCUCCUUCUGUUGGCACAUUGAGGACCACUGGAGUUACUCAAUUAAUUUCCUCCACUGGGGCGAGCCAAAGACCUGGUACGGCGUGCCGGCGUCCGCAGCAGAGCAGCUGGAAGCGGUUAUGAAAAAGUUGGCACCGGAGCUGUUUGAUUCCCAGCCUGACCUCCUUCAUCAGCUUGUCACCAUUAUGAACCCCAACAUCCUCAUGGAGCAUGGCGUGCCUGUGUACAGGACCAAUCAGUGUGCAGGGGAGUUUGUGGUGACCUUCCCAAGAGCGUACCACAGUGGCUUCAACCAGGGCUACAAUUUUGCAGAAGCUGUUAACUUCUGCACGGCUGAUUGGCUCCCAAUGGGCCGCCAGUGCGUGGCCCACUACCGGCGCCUGCGACGCUACUGCGUCUUCUCCCACGACGAGCUGCUGUGCAAGAUGGCAGCCGACCCGGAGAGCCUCGAUGUGGAGCUCGCCGCCGCUGUCGUCAAAGAGAUGGGGGAGAUGCUGGAGGAGGAGACAAAGCUCAGGAAGGCGGUACAAGAAAUGGGUGUGCUGUCCACUGAGCAGGAGGUUUUUGAGUUGGUGCCUGAUGAUGAACGCCAGUGCCACAAGUGCAAGACCACCUGCUUCCUGUCUGCGCUGACUUGCUCCUGUAGUCCAGAUCGCCUGGUUUGUCUCCAUCAUGCAGCAGAUCUCUGUGACUGUCCUCUGAGCAACAAGUGCCUCAGGUAUCGCUAUGAUCUGGACGACUUUCCGGCCAUGAUGUAUGGUGUGAAGAAUCGUGCACAGUCAUAUGACACGUGGGCAAAGAGGGUCAGUGAGGCCUUGUCAGCAGACCAGAAGAACAAGAAAGAUCUUAUUGAGCUCAAAGUUUUGCUGGAGGAUGCCGAGGACAGGAAGUACCCUGAGAAUUCUCUAUUGCGCCGCCUGAGGGAGAUGGUGAAAGAGGCCGAGACGUGCUCUUCUGUAGCCCAGCUGCUGCUCAGUCGCAAACAGAGACACAGUAACCGCCUGCGUUCUGAGAACAGCCGGACCCGCAGCAAGCUAACUGUGGACGAGCUGAAGGCCUUUGUGGAGCAGCUUUACAGGCUGCCUUGCAUCAUCAGCCAGGCCCGACAAGUCAAGGAGUUGCUGGAGAAUGUGGAGGACUUCCAUGAGCGAGCUCAGGUGGCGCUAGUGGACGAGCUGCCCGACUCCUCCAAGCUCCAGGCCCUAUUGGACCUCGGCAGUGGCCUUGAUGUGGAGCUACCUGAGCUCCCCCGGCUCAAACAGGAGCUCCAGCAGGCUCGUUGGCUUGAUGAGGUCCGCAUCACCCUGACGGAGCCUCAUCGCGUCACUCUGGAGCUCAUGAAGAAGCUGAUCGAUUCCGGGGUGGGCCUGGCGCCCCAUCACGCUGUGGAGAAGGCGAUGGCUGAGCUGCAGGAGAUCUUGACAGUCUCAGAGAGAUGGGAGGACAAGGCUCGUGCUUGCUUGCAGGCCAGGCCUCGACACGGCAUCGUGACCUUAGAAAGUAUCGUGCUGGAGGCCAGGAACAUUCCAGCAUACCUACCUAAUAUCUUGGCUCUACGAGAGGCCCUGCAGAAAGCCAAAGAGUGGACAGCCAAGGUGGAGGCUAUUCAGAGUGGUGGCAGCUACGCCUACCUGGAGCAACUGGAAAGCCUACUGGCACGGGGACGCUCCAUCCCAGUCCGACUUGACCCGCUGGCCCAGGUGGAAUCUCAGGUGGCUUCAGCGCGAGCCUGGAGGGAGAGGACAGCACGCACGUUCCUCAAGAAGAACUCAACAUACACGCUACUCCAGGUCCUCAGUCCUCGUGUGGACGUCGGCGUCUACGGGAACAGCAAGAGCAAGCGGAAGCGAGUCAGGGAGCUCAUGGAGAAGGAGAGAGGAGGCUUCGAUCCCGACGCCUUGAGUGAACUGGAUGAGAGCCGAGAGGAGGUGCGAGACCCCUCCGUCGUGGUCGCCGCCUUCAAAGCAAAGGAGCAAAAAGAGAUGGAGGCCAUCCAUUCCCUCCGCGCCGCCAACCUGGCCAAGAUGGCCAUGGCAGACCGCAUCGAGGAAGUCAAGUUCUGCUUGUGUCGCAAGACUGCAAGCGGAUUCAUGCUGCAGUGCGAGCUCUGCAAAGACUGGUUCCACGGCGUGUGCGUGCCUCUGCCUAAGACGGGGUCGCAAAAGAAGAUAGGCGUUGGUUGGCAAAGCAAUAGCAAGGACUCUAAAUUUCUGUGCCCGCUGUGUCAGAGGUCGAGACGGCCCAGGUUAGAGACCAUCCUGUCUUUGCUGGUGUCGCUGCAGAAGCUUCCGGUGCGUCUUCCAGAAGGAGAGGCCCUUCAGUGUUUGACUGAGAGGGCCAUGAGCUGGCAGGACCGAGCACGUCAAGCUCUAGCUACUGAUGAACUGUCGUCCGCUCUGGCCAAGCUGUCCGUACUAAGCCAACGCAUGGUGGAGCAAGCUGCCCGGGAGAAGACGGAGAAGAUCAUCAAUGCCGAGCUGCAGAAAGCAGCCGCCAAUCCUGACCUGCAGGGGCACAUUCAGACCUUCCAGCAGUCUGGCUUUAGCAGAGCCACAUCACCUCGCCAGUCUGUGGACUACGAUGACGAGGAGACCGACUCGGAUGAGGACAUCAGGGAGACAUAUGGAUACGACAUGAAGGACCCAGGGGAAGUCAAGCCCUACCUUUUUUGUGAUGAUGAGAUCCCCGUCAAGUCCGAGGAGGUGGUUAGUCACAUGUGGCCGACAGUUACACCCUCUUUCUGCGCCGAACACGCCUACUCGUCAGCCUCCAAGUCCGUUGUGCAAAAUGUGGGAACGCCAAGGAAGCAGCCCCGGAAGACCCCUCUGGUACCCCGCAGCUUGGAGCCACCCGUGCUUGAGUUGUCUCCACAGGCCAAAGCCCAGCUGGAGGAGCUGAUGAUGCUGGGCGACCUGCUGGAGGUGUCCCUGGAUGAGACCCAGCACAUCUGGAGGAUCCUGCAGGCCACACAUCCACCAUUGGAGGAGCGGUUCCUCCAGGUCAUGGACCCGGACGACAAUCCGAUGGAUAAGUCGCUGAAAAUCAAGAUCAAGGAUUCCGAUAAAAAGAGGAAGCGGAAGUUAGAGCGAGGCGAGCAUCACCACCACCACCAUCACCACCACAUGCUGAUGACCACCACGGUCCUGGGGGACGUACGGCCGUCCAAAUCCAAGGAACUGAAAAGGGCCGGCCUGGAGCUCGGCCUCGGGGGUAAAACCAAGAAGAAGAAGCUUAAAUUGGGCCUGGAGAAGAACCGCGAGAUGAAGCAACUGGCCAAACGUUUAGCCAAGGAGGAGAAGGAGAGGAAAAGGAAAGAGAAAGCGGCCGCCAAGGCGGAGGCCAUCAGGGAGGGGCUGGACAAGAGGAAAGAGAAGAAGAUUCUGGACAUUCCCUCCAAGUACGAUUGGUCCGGGGCUGAAGACUCCAACGACGAGAACGCUGUGUGCGCGGCCAAAAACUGUCAAAGACCGUGCAAAGACAAGGUGGACUGGGUGCAGUGCGACGGCGGCUGCGACGAGUGGUUCCACCAGGUGUGCGUGGGCGUCUCCUGCGAGAUGGCGGAGAACGAAGACUACAUCUGCGAGGACUGCUCCCUCAAGGGGCCGAGGAGGAGGGGGGGAGGAGGAGGCGCGAAGGAGGAGGAGGAGGAGGAGGACGAAGAGGAGGCGGCAGAGGAAAGCGUGGUGGUGCUGGCAACGCCGGCUCUCCUGUCGUCCGGCGGCGGCGGCUCGUGGUCCCGCGCCGCAACCGUCGUCGCACAUCUAAACGCGGCGAGCUCGUUGGCGCCCCAGCAGAGCAGUUAGCACUAGGAGAGGCCUAAAGAGACUCCAUCCAGUAUCCACCGGCAAGACGGAACAGUUGUCAACUUCCUGCGUCAUCAAACUCCAGCCUCCUUGGACCCGACACAAGUUUUAGCUCGAGAAGAAUCCACCAGCUCCAAUACGAACUCGACAUGUUUAAUCGAACGCAAUACUGCAACCUUCCACACUCGUGUCAGUAGGACUCCAGCUUCAGAAAUGGUUGUAAUGUAGUGGAAUUAUUUAUAAUGUACAUAGCUUGAAAGCAAUUAAAAUAAUGGAUUGUGGCUUUUUUUGUUUUCUCACCUUUUAAUAAACUAUUCCUAGUCAAACAAGUCUACCGAAUACACCAUGUU